AUACGGGCCCACUAAAUCCUACACACAACCCCACCUUCUCCCUCCUUCCCAAUCUCACCUCGUCACCACCUUCCUUCCUUGUUGAACCCCAAUUUUUCUACUGCUCUCAAUCUCAAUCUCCUCCGUUCUUCCCACUCACAGGAGUAAAUAAAAAUAAAAACCCCAAUUUCAACAAUCGGAAUCGGAACCGAGAUAUGGGGAUUGAUUACUACAACAUCCUGAAAGUGAACCGCAACGCCAGCGACGAAGACUUGAAGAAAGCCUACCGCCGCCUCGCCAUGAUCUGGCAUCCCGACAAGAACGCCAACAAGCUUGAGGCCGAGUCCAAAUUCAAGCAGAUUUCCGAAGCCUACGAUGUACUCAGCGACCCUCAGAAGCGCCAGAUCUACGAUCUCUACGGCGAAGAGGGCCUCAAAUCGGGCCAAUUCCCCCCUCCCCCUCGCAGCUCUCGCGCCACCGCCCACAACCAGAGCUUCUACUACAACAACCACCAGCAGCAUCCCAACCCUAAUUUCCGAUUCAAUCCCAGGAAUGCCGACGAUAUUUACGCCGAGAUUUUUGGGGAGAGCAGUAACGGGAACGCCGCCGCUGGUAAUAGUGCUAGCAGCAGCAGUAAUGGAGCCGCCAGGAAAGAUGGGUAUUUCAGGAGCACCACGAUGAACGGCGGUGGAGCUAGAGAAUUUCCCGGCGGCGGCAGCGGAUCCAGGAAGGCGGCGCCGGUGGAGAACGCGCUCAUGUGUAGCUUGGAGGAAUUGUAUUCCGGUUCUACUCGGAAGAUGAAGAUUUCCAGGAAUGUAAUUGAUUCUCAUGGCAAGCUUCGAGUUUUGGAGGAGAUAUUAACUAUCGACAUAAAACCCGGUUGGAAAAAGGGCACAAAAAUCACAUUCCCAGAAAAGGGCAAUGAAGAGCCAGGUGUCAUUCCAGCAGAUCUCAUUUUCGUGGUCGAUGAAAAACCACACCCUAUUUACACUCGAGAUGGUAAUGAUUUAUUGGUCAAGCAGGAAAUUACACUCCUCGAAUCUCUUACCGGAAAGACUUUAGAGCUUACCACAUUAGACGGCAGAAACAUUACGGUACCUUUGACCGAGAUUAUUAAACCUGGUCACGAAAUUGCUGUCCCUAAUGAAGGAAUGCCCGUCUCAAAAGAACCUCGGAAAAAGGGUACCCUAAGAAUCCAAAUUGACGUCAGGUACCCUAAGAGGCUCACCGAUUCGCAAAAAUAUGAUUUGAGGAGGGUUUUGGGAGGGAAUUCUUGAUUUUUUACGCGUAGAUAAUAUGCAAUAUUCGGGUGUAUAUAUGAAAUAUUCUUGCUAUUCGAAUUGCGAUGAAUAUAUAAGAAAAGACUGUUCGGCGAUACGCUAAGCUAAAUCAUAUAUUUAUAUGGGGCUUACUUGAGAUUUUCUUUUUGGUUUUAGCUAAAUCAGAAUUUUAGUAUACUACUUGUAAGGUAGAGAAGAUAAUUUUUGUUGAUGAACAAGUUUUUUGAGUUUUUCUUUGA